UACAUGUUAAAUUUAUUUCUUUAUUGCUUUUGUUUCUACAGUGUAUCCUGUCAAAGCGAUUUUGCCGUUACUCUGAACUGUAUCGCUUGUGGCAAACGUGAAGAUCCUAACCCAGCUGUCCCUGAAGGGGAAGUUGUAAGCUCGGAGGGGUGCUGGCCCUGGCAGGUGAGCCUGAGAUACUUGAAAGUCCACCGGUGCGGAGGAACGAUCAUCACACCCACCUGGAUUGUCACAUCUGCCAACUGCGUUCACAAACUUCCAGGUGCUGUGAACUGGACGGUGCACGCUGGGGUACUCAAUCAAAUUGAAAUGAAAAAUUCCCCUGGCAUCAACAUUACUAAAAUCGUCAAACAUCCCGACUAUGAUAAGGUCACCCAUGAGAAUGAUAUUGCCCUAAUGAAACUUAAUACUUUGCUCAUAAUGUCACCUUCGGUAAGUCCAGUGUGUUUGCCAAAUUCUGGUAUGGACAUCUCCGCUCCAAGGCAGGCCUACAUUAGUGGAUGGGCACCAGUUUCAACAAAUCCUACAGCUCCUAUAUCGACUUUGUUACGUCAGGCCAAGAUCACCAUAAUAGACAAGUCUGUCUGUAACGGCUCGACGAUGCUGGACGGCCAAAUCUCAGACUCCAUGGUCUGUGCGGGUGAUCGGACAGAAUCCUUCCCCUGCAGGGGUGACACAGGGAGUCCUCUGGUUACUGAGAUGAAUUCAUUAUGGUGGCUUGUGGGAGCUUUUAGCUGGGGUGAUAGCAAUAAUGGCUGCCCUUACCCAUACCAGCCGGGUGUUUAUACAAAUGUCACCUCCUACGUAGACUGGAUUUAUGAAAAAAUUCUGGAAAAGUAGCUGAAUAUCCAGGAGAAAUGGACCUUCAUUUCAGAGCCAAGAAACAGUGAAGAAACAGCUUAAUGAAGUUCAGUGUUAUGACUCCUGGAAACACUCACUCACUCACUUUCCUAACCGCUUAUUCAAUUAGGGUCAUGGGGGGGGUGCUGGAGCCUAUCCCAGCUUUUCAAUUGGCGCAAGGCACACAGUAACACCCUGAACGGGGUGCCAGUCCAUUGCAGGGCAGACACACACACACACAUUCAUCUAUAGUUUACAUUACAUUACAUUACAUUACAUUACAUUACAUUACAUACUAUAGGGCAUUCAGUGUCUCCAAUUCACCUGACUGCAUGUUUUUGGGCUGUGGGAGGAAACCGGAGCACUGGAAACCCCCGCAGAAAGUACCCGGACCGCCCCGCCUAGGGAUCAAAUCAAUGACCUUCUUGCUCCUGGAAACAGUUCCUGAUAUUUUUGCACUGAAAUGCUGGUUACAUGCCAAAUGAUUUUGGUUCAAAUUAUGGUAACACUGUACUCGGACCCUCUGACAUGAUACUGAAAUAAGCAUGUUAUAACCAGUCAUGACAUCUGACCUGACUUUUUAUAACAGCUCAUGUCAAGUAUUAGAACAGUGUUUUGUUAUUCUCCUCUGUAUUUGUCAU